AGGCUUUCCACGUCGACUGCCCAUUUAUGUCCAGAACCGUUUGAUAUAUUUGUUGAUUUCGCGAACCACUCUCUGUUCCACUAGCCAUACAAUUUUCGCGAACUCAUCGAGGAGUUUCGCGCUUAUGAUUUAGUUAAUCAAUUUAGUAUAUUUUUAAAACUAUGAACUCUUCAGUAGGUGAAUUUAGCGACAACCCGGGAACGACUGAAAUGCAGGUAGAUGAGUCAACGACACCCCCUCCACAGAAACAACAGCAAGACCAGCAGGUAUCAUGGUGGUUUCGUAUACUUGUGCGAGUAAUCGGAACAUUGAGUGGUCUUCUUUGUAUGGUAUUUGGUUUGUGGAGAUGUGUAACGUUUACUCCACUGUGUUUAGUAGCCGGAUUAUUAAUGAUUUUAUUAGGUUUCAUAGUAGUGAUAUUUGAAGCACCAAUUUGCUGCCAGUGGUUGGAAUUUGUAGAUAAAAUUACAAAUUGGGUUGAUGGAAAGCCUUACUGGCAAAGAGGUGUUGCUUAUGUAGUAUCAGCAAUUAUACCUAUGUUGUUUUGUUUUUCACUAACAACUAUGUUAGGAUCAGGUUUUGUAUUCGUCACUGGGUCACUCUAUGGCCUCAUGGCUAUUGGCAAAAAAGGGGAUGCCAUACAGGUUGCACAAAUGCGGAAACAAGAACAGUUUGCCAUGGAGACCCGUACUCUAGUAGACAACCAAGGUCAGCCAGUGGACGUACCAUAGAUUGCAUCUGCAUCUUAUUAUCAUUGGCAUGUACACACUGAGGAGAUGGCGUGAAAUUAGCUCAGCAAAAGAGACGAACUGAAGAUGGUGACGAAACGCUGCAAUAUACAGUGAUGCAGAAUGAAGAAUAUGAUCCCUGGGACAGUACUGUCAACUAGAUUGCCUCUAGAGGGCGCACUUUCAACAUGUUACAUGAACUGUGUGUAAUGCUUCUCAGACACUAUCCAGUCAGUCACUGGAGAUUAUUUAUUUACUGACUUACCAUAGAGUAUUUAUAGACAUUUGAU